UUUAAAUUGAUUAAAGGGAUGUGUCUCCAUGACAACCAGCAUAACAACGCAAGCCAAUGAAGAGUGAAGUACUCGCGUGCCUUGUUCUCUAAUAAACCGUACUUUUGUGUGAACUCCGUUUGAAUUAAUAAUUUCGAUUCAGCUGAUAAACUACAAAGAAGGAUUCCUCUACUCUCUGGAAGGAUCAGCUGUAGAAAUCAAAGGCCUAUACUUCGCGGCGAGAGGACGAAGAUCGUUUGUUGACUUGCAGAAGUCAGUAUGUUUAGCCUUGUAGUCGUGGUAGUUGCUCUCCUUGGGAUCAAGAAUGUCAUAGCUGAAUGUUUCGACGGUCCAGAAGCAAAAAGUGAACAUAUAGUUUGUAUUCCCGGCCACUGGGACAUCGCUAAGCUCCACAAUGCUAGGAUCACUGCUACAAGUACUUGUGGAACUCCGCCAGAGACUUACUGCAGACUAAAGCCGAUGAAUGGUUGCUUCAAAUGCAACAGUUCGAAUAGUGACGACAGUCAUCCCGCGAAAUACAUCGUUGAUAAGAGUACGAGCCCGACAAAGUGGUGGCAAUCAGAAACUUGGUGGAAAUGGCACCAAACUCACCCAACAGAAAGCUUACAAGUCAACAUCACUUUGAGCUUUAGUAAGAGUUUCGAUAUGACUGGUCUACUGGCGUUAACCUUCGAGUCACCUCGUCCACUUCAAAUGAUUUUGGAGAAGUCCAGUGAUUGGGGCCGAUCGUGGAUAACUUUACAGUACUAUGCUUCAAAUUGUGAGCAACGUUUCAAUAUGGAAACUACUGAUCCACUAGAAAUGAGAUUAAACGAUUCUAAACCAUUUUGCACUGAAAAAUAUAGCUUGAUCUCGCCCCAGAGAGGUGGGAAAGUGUUCUUCGACUUCAAAACCCGUUAUGACGAAGAGGCAGACUUUUUUCAUCCAUUUAUUCAAGAAUACCUUCACACUACUGACUUGAGAAUUCGUCUAGAGUAUCCCGGUACUAACGGGUUGGAAAAUGGUGGAAAAACAGAGGAUAUUUUAAAUCAGUUCUACUAUGCUAUAUCUGAUCUCAGUAUUAUAGGCCGAUGCAAGUGCUAUGGCCAUGCACGAUACUGUGAUUAUGGUAACAAUUCUAUUUCUAAUACUACGAAAUGCGAGUGCUUGCAUAAUACUGAUGGGUUUGAUUGUGAACGAUGUCUACCUCUUUAUAACAACCGUACUUGGCAGCCCGCUACCUCCAAAUACGAACCAAAUCCUUGUGAAAGAUGUGAAUGUAAUGAUCAUGCAGAUGCAUGUGCAUUCAACAAAGAUCUUGGUUUUGGUGUGUGUGAAGACUGUAAGCACAACACGGCUGGGUAUUUCUGUCAUGAGUGUCAGGACAAGUUCUACCGCAACACUAGUCUACCUUUAAACCAUCCUCUGGUGUGUCCAGCAUGUGACUGUUACAUGGAAGGCAUCAUAAACAAUGGAACUUGUAACCAAACCAAUGGGCAGUGUGAGUGUCGGCAUAAUGUAACUGGACGACAGUGUGACAGAUGCGUUGACACUUACUAUGGAUAUACAAAUGAUCCGCAAGGACAUUGUACAGCAUGUAAAUGUGUGGAGACAGGGACAGUAAAUGGAUCCCUCAACUGUGAACAAGUCACAGGCCAGUGUCAUUGUAAACCUAACAUUGACCAGCGAAUGUGCUCAAGAUGUAAAGAUGGUUAUUAUAAGUUCCCCAAAAAUAUUUCUGAAGAUUGCCUGAGGUGUGAUUGUGACUAUGGUGGUUCGACAUCAGGAUUAUGUAACAAAAUAUAUGGAACUUGUGAAUGCAGGAGAAAUAUCCAGGGUACUCGCUGUACAUUAGUACCUCAAGGGUACUAUACUGGCAGUUUAACCCACUUUAAAAUAGAAGCCGAGCAAUCAGAGGGUACCUACCAGUACACUGCAAACACUGAAGACCUAAACAAGUACUUCACUGGGACAGGUUAUGCCAAGAUCUCCAGCAAACAGUUUGUUAAUUUGAAUUUCAAGAGUAAUACAACAUUUAAGGGAUAUGCUGUUUUAAGGUAUACAUCUGCGGCGGACAGUAUUGGUGACCUGCAGAUGAAGAUAGUGGGUAAAGAUACUGUUGGUUGCGCAGCUUUUACAAGUAGUACUGAAUCAAUCAGAGGUCUUCAAAAGGGUAACGGCACAGCGUGGAGGUCAAAUAGUGUUAUCGAUAUCUGCAAAGGUCAAGAAUAUAGCUUCAAUGUUUCAUUUACUACUGUGAUGGAUUCAUCAAUUCAGCUGGACUCCUUGAUACUGCUUCCUCUGAUAAAUGAAACCAAGAUAUACGAUAUAGCUUCAAAAGAGGGUCACGCUCAUGGAAUUGACGCAAGCACCAUUCAUGGUUGCUGGGUAAAUGCAACAUCCAUAGUUGCUACAAAUCAAAGUCUACCAGUUUGUGAAAAUGUCACAUUCUCUGUAAUGACAGAAGUUCUGGAUGGAGCACUGCCCUGUCAGUGUAACAGUGUCGGGUCAAUACCAAACACCUUCUGUGACAAGCAAGGAGGCCAGUGUCAAUGUAAGCCUGGCGUGACGGGACAAUCAUGUGACCAGUGUAUGCCAGGAUACUACAACUUUACAUCUGAAGGCUGCACAGCUUGCGACUGCAGUUCUCUUGGGUCACAUCAUUUAGUUUGUGAUGCAGUCACUGGUCAGUGCCCCUGUAGACCUGGCGUCAUCACCAGAGCCUGUAGCAGGUGCAACCACACAUACUAUGGCUUUAAUACUGGUAAGGGAUGCGUGGAAUGCAAGUGCAAUGCAAGUGGCUCUGCCGACAUGCAGUGUGAUGGUGAUACAGGAAAGUGUCCUUGUAAGAACAGUACUAGAGGUGACAAAUGCGAUGAGUGUAAUCAUGGCUUUUAUAACUACACGUCAACAGGAUGCCAAUCUUGCAACUGUGAUCAAGCAGGGUCUAGUACUCUACAGUGUCAUCUAGAAACUGGUGAAUGCACCUGCAAGAAGAAUGUAUUGGGCUUCAAAUGUGAUGAGUGCAAACCUAGCACAUACAAUAGAGAUGUGAACAACCCACAUGGCUGUACUCCUUGCUUCUGUUUUGAUAGAUCUGGAAACUGCAGCUCUGCGAAAGGCUUUGUUAAAAGCUUCAUUACAUCUUCUCCAGGUUCAGACGAUGGAUGGGCUCUUGGAGAAAGACAAGGCAUCUCAAAAUUCGAACAAGAUGCACAAAAACUCUCCUUGAGAUUUAGCCCCCCUGCACGACAGUCACUUACCCUUCCAGAAGAUUUCAAGAGAUAUCAUCUCAGAUCUUAUGGUGAACUAAUCACUUUCAAUCUGACUUACACUGGUGCGAGCAGUGUCAAAGCAAACUGGUCUCUCAAUGUUGAAUCAAGAAUAGGAAUAACAAUAAGUUUUCCUCUACAACCUCCUUCUUCUAUUAAUAUUACUUAUUAUUAUGUACGUCUUCAUGAAGCUUAUGCAUCGACCAUGGUCAGUGCAAGGCAAUUACAAAAAGCGUUGUCGGACAUUUUCACAAUGAAGAUCGUUGGGGAAUUUUAUACAAAUGGGAGUUUAACCCUGUCAGAAGCAAAGCUGCAUAUGGCAGUUCAAGGAACAAUAGGAGAGCCUGCUGGAAAUGUUGAAAACUGUACUUGCCAAGAUGAAAAAUUCACAGGACUUUCGUGUGAACUUUGUGGAGAAGGUUACACACGUAUUAGUUCUGCGCCAGCACACAACACAUCCAGAUUUUCAUAUGGCUGUGAACUAUGUAGCUGCACUAACAGAUCCAUAGAAUGUGAUCCAGAAAAUGGCACGUGUAAAAACUGUAGGAUUGGUACUGAGGGAAAUAAGUGUGAACUCUGUGAACCUAAUGUUGACAACAGCACAGACACUGACUGUACUCGGUGUUUCCCAGGGUACUAUGGACUUUAUCUGCAAGGAAAUCCUAGGGGAUGUUCACCUUGUGGCUGCUUGGAGCCCAACACUUUGUACGGGAACCAGACGGUAUGUCAAACUGGUCUUAACGCGUCUACUGAUACUGGACAGUGUGUAUGCAAAGCAGAUAUCACGGGUCGAACGUGCGACCGAUGCCACGAAAAUGCCUACAAUGACAGUAAGGGACAUUGCAUAGAUUGUCCAGAAUGCUACCGGCUGUUGCAAGUAUUUGUGCACGACUUGAGGACAAACAUCACUGGUCUUGUGAAUUCUACGAACCGCGUGAGGAAUGGACGGAUUGGUGACGAAACGUUUGCCAAGAGGCUCGAGACUUCAAAGAACAAUGUCCGACAACUGGUCCUAAAAGCCCAGAACUCUACAGGCGUCGAGAAAGAACUACACGACGAGCUUGUCAAUCUAAAUAAAAGCUUGGACUACAUGGAGAGUGUACUGAAAGGGGAAGUGACGUCAGGGGUGACGUCAGUAGAAGGCGUGGCUACCAAGGCUUCUAAGGAAAGGAACACGACUGAGGAAUUGAUGAAGGUGACACAGACUUUGGUCAUACAAGCUUACAGGCUUCUGAGCUCUAGCAUUUCUAUGAUUACUAACCAAACGAAAGAUACAGAAGGAUAUCUUGCGGGACUAGUUCCCAGGUUUGGUACGUAUGCUAAUGAAGCCUCAACAAUCUCAGCCAAGCAGAAUGAGACUGGGCAAGACAUCUUACGGAAAACUCUGACCGCUGAGGGACUGGUGAGAGACGCUGAUAGCAUCUCCAUAGCAACAGCAUCUGAUCAUCAAGUUAAUAUAGAACUGAUAAGAAGACUUAAGUUAGAAACAGAAGCUGUUAAGGAACUUGGUGUGAGGGUGAAUGAUAGCGCGUAUGCGGUGUUCGCUAACACGUCAGUGGUUCUCUCCAAUGCACAGCGUGCUUUAAGGGAUGUUAAUUCGCUGAAACCGGACAACAGCCUUGCUGUACAGCAGAUCCUAAAUAAUGCCACAAAACUCGUCGAUAAUGCAACCCAAGCGGUACAAGUCGUCAAAGAACUUUACCAGAAUCAUUCUACCUUAAUAUCAAAUGUAGAAAAAGCUGUUCGAGAUACCAAGGUGCUUAUAUCUAGGGUGACUUCCAUGGAUGGAGGAGCAACAGCAAUGCUUGCCGAAGCCCGUAGAGCCGAGGCAGAAGCGCAAGCAGCAGUUGACUUAUCUAAUAAGACCCACGAAGACAUGAAAGAGAUGUUGCAGAUCUUGAAUGAUUUCGAGACAAAAGCAAAUGAAUCGAAGUAUUUAGCGCAGCACGCGCUUGAGAAGUCUAAACAAGCUAAUGAGACAAGUAAUUAUGCUAUAGAAUAUUCCCAGAACAUAAGUGCUUCGAUUCAGGCAGCAUUGGAUAUAGCUACUGAUGGUCUGGAAAUGGCAAGGAAAGUGCAGAACCUAUCAAAGGAAGAAAAUAAGAUCGUCUCAGCUGUGUUUUCUCAAGCCAUUGUUCUCCAAGGUAACGCCGAUUCAAGCACCCAUACUCCAGAAAUACUUAUCUCAAAGAAUACAAGCACAUCAAAUAUUGGUCAAAUCAUCAAACAGCCAAUCAAAUCCUGUGAAGAAAACUAUUCACGAAGUGCGGAUUUUGCCAAGAAGGAAAGUGAGGUAGCUCGUGUUACAUCCGAACAAGCUAGCCAGGGCAUUAACAGUGCUAAAAAUGGCGUGGACAGAAUCUUGUCAGAGAUUCCACACCUUCAGCAAGUAAACGCCACACGACUGUCUGAGCUGCAGGAAGAAAUAAAACGCUUACGUGAAAAUUUCUCACAGAAAAAUGUUCAGCAGUUGAAUGCACAGCUCAAGGUCAAGAAAGACAAACAACAAUCAUUUAUUGACGAUUACAAGACGAAAUUACAAGAACUAAGAACACAAGUGGAAGAAAUGAAGCUGCUCAGAAGCUCGCUUAGUUCUGUCCCUCACCGAGGAUGUACAUAGUUUAAUAUCAUUGCAUAGAAUUAUUACUAUUUUAAGGGAAUCCCUUGACGUUGCUUGGCAACAUCGUGUCGUUGCUUGGUAACUAAAUUAGUUGCUUGGUAACUAAAUUAGUUGCUUGGUAACUAAAUUAGUUGCUUGGUAACUAAAUUAGUUGCUUGGUAACUAAAUUAGUUGCUU